GGAUUUUACCGAGGGGGACGCUUUGUUUUUAGUUUCAAAGUAGGACAAGGCUAUCCACAUGAACCUCCAAAAGUUAAAUGUGAAACAAUGGUUUAUCAUCCUAAUAUUGAUUUAGAAGGAAAUGUUUGUCUAAAUAUCUUAAGGGAAGAUUGGAAGCCAGUUCUGACAAUAAAUUCCAUAGUAUAUGGCUUGCAGUACCUAUUCUUGGAACCUAAUCCUGAGGAUCCACUAAAUAAAGAUGCAGCAGAAGUCUUACAAAACAACAGACGUUUGUUUGAGCAAAACGUUGCCAAAUCAAUGCGUGGAGGCUAUGUAGGAUCAACAUACUUUGAACGCUGUUUAAAGUAGUACUGCAAGCAAAUAACAGACUACAAACCUGGAGAUGGUGCUUUUUAAAAUCAUCAACAGGUUGCCAAACAUGGAUGCGAAACAUAAAGCCUGUAUUGACAUUACACUUUUUUAUAUUUACCUUUUACACCAUUACAGUGCUUGUGAAUGUGAAUGAAAAGUGGAUAUGAGAAGAUAUCUUCUUCCAGAGUUAACUUGGCAUUAAAAGAGGUGAAUUGUGGUGCCUGUCUGUCGGACAAAGAAACUCAUCACAAAAUGCCCCCUAUAUUUAUUUGUGUAUCAUAUGAUGCUGAAACCUAUAGUUUUGAAUGCUUAAGUAGUUAUAGAAUGAAAAAUUAUAGAUUUAUGCUUACUUCACCAUUUGCUGCUACAAACCUCAGCUAUAUCUGGUAAGUAAUGGUCAAGGAGGUUCGGAAGUGUUUAAAGAACUGUCUGGUACUUGAACACAGUACAAGGAUUGAUCAUCUUUCAUUCAUUGCUGCAUUAACUCAGUUCCUGUGAUUUUAGAUUUAGUAAACUGGUGCAAUUAUCUAAGCUGUCACCAUCUUGAACGUACAUUUUUCCUAAAGGCGGCAGUGAAUUUUGUUUUUGAUAUUUUUUUUCACUUUAUCACCAGUUACACACCUGGUUUAUAAUUUCUUAGAAUAUAACCAUAUUUUCAAAAUUAUUCAGAUUAAGAUUAAAUCGUGGAAGACAUUUCAUUACAAAUAAAUGUUUAAAAUCCC